AUGUGGAAGCACCAAAAGAUGAUAGCUAAGAAUCAAGAAGCCUCCAUAAAGAAUGUGGAGAGACAAAUUGGCCAGCUCUCUAAACAAUUUGCAACAGAGAAGCCAUCAAGUUCCUUGCCAAGUGACACAAUUCCCAAUUCUAAAGAAGAGUGCAAGGCUGUGCAGUUAAGAAGUGGGAGAACAUUAAUAAGCAUCAAUGACACUACAAAGAAGCCAGUGGAGAGUAGCAAAGGGCCAAUAGGAAAGGAAAAGUCAACAGACACAGAAAAAACCAAUGAUCAAGAUGUGAUGCCAAACAAGAACACAGAAAAGCAAAAAAAGAAAGAAGACAAGCCAACCAAUUCACAAGAGAGAGAGGAGAAAUUAAUUCAAGGACAACAACAAAAGGAGAAAGCCUUCACUCCUUCAUUGCCAUAUCCACAGAGGUUCAACAAAGAAACCAAGGAUCAACAUUUCCACAAAUUCCUGGAGACUUUCAAGAAACUGGAGAUAAACAUCCCUAUGGCCGAGGCAUUAGAGCAGAUGCCUCUAUAUGCCAAAUUUUUAAAAGAUCUGAUCAACAAAAAGAGAAGCUGGAGUGAGAAGGAGACUGUGCUGCUCACUGAAGAAUGUAGCGCCGUGCUUCAAAAAGGAAUCCCACUGAAGCUUAAAGAUCCAGGGAGCUUUGUAGUUUCAUGCACCAUAGGUAAAAUGACUCUAGACAAAGCUCUUUGUGAUCUUGGAGCUAGUAUCAACUUAAUGCCCCUAUCCAUGAUGAGGAAGCUUGCCAUAAAAAAGCUCAAACCCACCAGGAUGUCACUAGUCAUGGCUGAUAGAUCAAUCAAAACACCCAAUGGAAUUGUGGAAAAUUUGUUAGUGAAGGUUGGGGAGUUUAUCUUCCCUGUAGACUUUGUAAUCUUAGACACCGAAGAAGAAGGAAACAAUUCAAUCAUCUUAGGAAGGCCAUUUUUAGCAACUGUAAGAGCUAUUAUCGAUGUGGAAAAAGGAGAAAUGAUCUUCAGGGUGCAUAAUGAGCAAAUGGUCAUCAAUGUCUUCAAAUCAAUACAACAUCCUCCUGAACAAGAGAACUACAUGAAGGUGGAUAUGAUAGAAAGCCUGGUAGAAGAAACGUUAGAGGCCACUAGUCAUGAGCAACAGGAUGAAGAAGUGGAAGAGGAACAGGAAGAAGAAGUGGUAGAAAUCUCCCGUGAAGACAAGGAGAAAGAGAAGCCAAAACAAGAGUUGAAGCCUCUCCCCUCUCACCUCAAAUAUGUGUUCCUGGGAGAAGAAGAGACCCUACCGCUGAUCAUUAACUCCUCCUUGAAUAUGGAAGAAAAAACAAGGCUGAUUGAAGUGCUGAAAGCUCACAAAGCAGCCUUGGGGUGGACAAUUGACGAUAUCAAAGGCAUUAGCCCAGCCAUUUGUAUGCACAAAAUUUUGUUGGAAGAAGAAUCAAAGCCUGUGGUUCAACCCCAAAGAAGGCUCAACCCAGCCAUGAAGGAGGUAGUUCAAAAAGAAGUCAUGAAGUUAUGGAAUGCUGGAAUAAUUUUUCCAAUCUCUGACAGCUCAUGGGGUGAGCCCGGUUCAAGUUGUACCAAAAAAAAGAGGAAUGACGGUCAUCACCAAUGA